AAAGUGAACUCUGGAUCACUUGAGUGUUUUUGAGCAGAAUAUUUGAUCGCUUUUUUAAUUCUUGAUUUGAGUUUUUAAAAAGAAAACACGAUGGGAGUCGUCGUGUUCCUUGUCCUCUGCAGCGUGGUGGGGGGUUUGGCUUCAGAACAGGUGAUAUUAGACGCAGACAGGCCGUUUUUGAGGGUCCAGCUCUAUGACACGGCCACCCUGAAAUGCUGCUACAAAGGAGGAUCUAAAUUUUUAACUUGGAUAAAACGGGACUCAUCAGCUGCCAAAAAUCGAGUGAAGGACACGGUCUCUGAAGUUGAAUCGGACAGCUUGCACUGCAGCACCCUAACCUUCGACAAGGUCGAGCUGAACGACACGGGGCUGUAUCAGUGUUAUCUAAACAAGUCUAAGGUCGAGACACAUGGCACCUACAUGCAGGUCUACAAGCCAAUGGAAAAAACCAUAAACCUCAGUGAGAGCACCAAAAACACAAUCCUGAUGUUUGAAGGGUUCCUGCUGCUACUGUGUGUGAUCGUGCCUUCGUCCAUUCUCCUCUUCAAGCAGUCGAGGAGUCUCAAGCAACUGGAGAUGAAGAAAAUGAAGCAAGAGGAGGAGAACAUCUAUCAGGGCCUAAAUCUGGAUGAAUGUUGUACUACAUAUGAUCAGAUCGAACGCUCCCAGGCACAUGGUGCGUACCAAGAUGUGGGAAACUGUGCGGGAGAAGGGGAAGCGAUCCAGCUGGAGAAACCAUGAAGGAAAGUGGGGUGGCUGAAAACAAACAAAAAAAAACCCCAGCUGAUUUUUAAUGUAUGAAAUUAAAGCUUAAUUACAGUGUGCUAAGGAUAACGCAAGCUUCUAAUUCUUCUAUUGCCAAGUUACAUUUAAGUGUUUAACAAAACAGCCUCGACACUAUUUUAUACAAAGUUUAUCCAGGAAUUUGGAAAUAACUGGUACAUUCAGCCAUUUUUACAUGUUCAAGAGUAUUUAAAACUGGAUUAUUCACUUUUUCUGAGCUAUAGGGUACAUUUUCAUCAAUUCAAAGGUUUGUUUUUAAUAAUGAAGUAGCUAAAUGUUCAGAUGAUAGAAGACAGAUUUUAGUACUGUGGUUGUUUAUUAGCCUUUUUUGUGUGCUUGCAAAGCACUUUGUAAUGAAAAACGUUUUCUUAUGUGCCUUAUUUUACUCAUUUCCUUUUAUUUUACCUGUACAAUGCUUUUUUUACUUCUGUGAAUUGGACUCUGAGUCCGGAAUAAAGAGUACUUGACUCUUGUUCAACAAUUAGAAUUCGAUCUUGCAAUCUAACUGUAAUUUCUGUAACUUUUUAGAGUGUAAUAAAUAAUUAAAAAUAUCUGAAUCAUC